UCCUGCUACACUUUGUCCUCAUUCCUGACACACCUUCAGGCAAAUUUUGUGAGGCACUGGGAUCACAGAGUCAGCACGCUAGAACAAAGAAAGAUCAGCAAAACUUAGAAACCAAAUUUCGACUUUAUACAGAUACAACUGAAGAAGGCUGCCAGAUUUUCUUUAAUCAGUUGGAGACUCUUGACAAAUGCAGUUUCAAUGCCUCUCUUCCUCUGGUGAUGAUAGUCCAUGGUUGGUCGGUGGAUGGGAUGUUAGAAGGUUGGAUUUGGAAAAUGGCAGCAGCUCUGAAGUCUCAGCAUAGACAAAUUAACGUGAUCAUUGCAGACUGGCUUACAUUUGCUCACCAGCACUAUCCCAUUGCUGUACAGAAUACACGGUACAUAGGACAGGAGAUAGCAGACUUCCUGGAAUGGCUGGAGGAUUCCACUCAAUUUUCCAGAACCAAGGCUCAUCUAAUUGGGUACAGCCUAGGAGCUCACGUUUCAGGAUUUGCUGGAAGUUACAUCAGUGGUACGAACAAAAUUGGAAGAAUUACAGGCCUCGACCCUGCCGGUCCCUUGUUUGAAGGAAUGUCACCAACAGACCGUUUAUCUCCAGAUGAUGCAAACUUCGUAGAUGCAAUUCAUACAUUCACUAAACAGCACAUGGGUCUCAGUGUUGGCAUCAAGCAGCCUGUGGCUCAUUUUGACUUUUAUCCCAAUGGAGGCACCUUUCAGCCUGGCUGUCACAUCAUGCACGUGUAUAACCACAUUGCACAAUAUGGCAUCACUGGCAUCACUCAAACUGUGAAAUGUGCCCACGAGAGGUCAGUUCAUUUGUUCAUCGACUCUCUGCUUCACAAGGAUAAGCAAAGCACAGCAUACUGGUGCAAUGACAUCAACACUUUCGACAAAGGAAUGUGCCUCAGCUGUAGAAAGAACCGGUGCAACACGCUGGGCUACAACAUCAGGGAGGAAAGGCUCCCAAAAAGUAGACGACUCUUUUUGAAAACAAGAGCACAUAUGCCUUUCAAAGUCUAUCAUUAUCAGUUCAAGAUCCACUUCAUCAAUGAAAUCCAAGGCAAGCAGAUAGACCCAACUUUUACCAUCUCUCUGACAGGCACUAAGGAGGAUGCUAAAAACCUGCCCAUCACACUAGUUGAAGGUAUCAGUGGGAAUAAAACCUACUCUUUUCUCAUCACCCUCGACACUGAUAUUGGUGAGCUAAUAAUGAUCAAGUUCAAAUGGGAAGGAACGGCAGUUUGGGAAAAUAUCUGGGACACAGUUCAAACCAUAAUACCAUGGACAAAAGGUGCCCAUCGACCAGGACUUAUAGUGAAGACAAUAAGAGUGAAAGCAGGGGAAACGCAGCAAAAAACGACAUUUUGUUCUCAAAGCAUCGACAACGUUCACCUUCAUCCAGCCCAAGAGAAAACAUUUGUGAGAUGUGAAGAUCGCUUUCCGAGACAAAACAGAAAAUGAGCAAGAA